AUAGUUUUCACAUUUCACUGGAACUGCCGUUAGCACUAUCCUAGCCUAACACAUACAGCAUUUGCUAAUGCCUGUGUCUGGAUACCCAUUCUCACUACAGUUUUCCUGCUUGGAUUCUAUUGCCGAGAUCGUUGGAUAUGUGCGCGCGGAAUUAUGAGAACCCAUUUCCUCCAGUCAGAAGUAAGAUAAAAUAGGGUUUUGCACGCAUUGGAUUAACUCAUCUCUUUCCUUAUGAAGAAGGCAAAAAUUUGGAUAAGCGCUUGUGUCUAUCUAUUAUUUUCUGCCAUUUUUGUUGCAUGUUCAAGUGGAAUUGGAAAUCCUAUAACAAAUGAUGUCGAAGUGGUGAUAUUUUUGAAGCAGAAUAUACCAAAAGAUUACAAGAUUCCUAUACGUUAUAUUCCCAAAAAGGAGGGUGGCCAUUGUUGGGUCGAGCUAAAUGUAUAUCACUUGGAGGAAAGCUUAAAAGAACUGGCGCAAAAGUUUGGAAACAUUUCUACCAACAGAAAUAAUAUUACAAUCUUCGUUCAAAUGCUGCAAGAUGUGCGUUACCGCAUUGGCAGUGCCCUGGAGUGGACAAUGCAAGAAUUUGAAUGCCAUUACAGAGAGGAGAAAUGGCAGACAGAACGUUAUUUUCAAUAUGUGGAGGACUUUUUAAUUGCUGCCCGUCGUAGAACUGGAAAAGAAGACUGUGAAUCUCCUCCUUGUCCAACGACAAUAGGUCCAACAACAACUCUGCCCAGCACAACAGGUAUAGGUCCCCUCUCCUCCAGCACAGCAGUGACAGACAACUGCACUACAGGGACAGGUUGCAGGACACUACCUACAUCUGAGCACCAAUCACAGGGGGUAGAGAAGAGCCUUGCAUCAUUGCUGCUGAUUCCACUGGUUGCCAUUGUGUUUCUGCUAGUGUGGAAGGUUAGAGCCAGGAGGAGAGGUGACAGCUCGGAGCACAGGUCUGAAAACGGAAAUAUAUUCACCAGAGAGGAAGGGAACAUGCUCCCUUUAGACCCGGAAGCACCCAAAGAAAAGAACAGACUGAACACCAUGGAAAUAGUGUAAUUCCACUACACAUUGUGAAAUUUGGGUGAUUCUACAGAAGAUAAUCUUCGAACAACAAAAAAUACUUCCUGCUGUACUAUGAAGUGAAGGACUUUUGGCCUCUCAUCAUAACUAACCCACCAACCCAGACCUGGACCCCUGCGUCUGGGCAGCUGAAUGCCGUCUCCUUUGCACCCGAGAGAUUUUCAGUACAACGAAGCCAAUGUUAUCAGAGCAGAAAUGUUGCCAACACUGCCAAAAGUGGCUUGGAUCUUGUUUCCUUCAGCAUUGGCAAGAGACAGCUGGUGCUGUAAAGUUUUGACAUGAGGCCUGGUAGACCCAUCAAGGGGCUGCUGAGACUUUUCCAGCCAGGAGACGGGGGGCAGUUUUUCACCUAGUGAGGUGACUGCUUCCAGGCUUUGAGGAAGUACAAUGCAGAUACAUACAGAAUACUAUAAAAAUUCACUGCUUACUUGUGGUUCAGCAGACACUCUGAAAGGUCUGGAGGAACUGUUUGUGAAUUAUAGCAACCUUCAAAAGCUGCAAGCUGGAUUGUGACCCAGUGUUUUUUGCACGUGAGGAUUUCUACGUGGUGAAGGGUCUCAUAGCUUUGAGAAAACUAUGAAAACAGAAUGGACACAGAAGAGACAAUAUAGACAGCUUUUUAUAUAAGACAUAUAUUUGUUAAUGACUACCUCCAGUGCCCCUUGUCGUUGUCCUGAUUUCUAACCAUCUAAAAAAUAAUCACGAGUGCUUCCUUGAUCUUGAUUUCCUUGGACUAUCUCAGGCUAUGAAUGUUGAAAAUAGCCUCUGAGACAAGUACUCCUAAAGCUGUGUACACUGAUAUGACUCCUGCAAUAUAUGGGAUUGGAAUAUUCCACAUGGGGUUUUUGCCUUUUGUUACAUCAGCAGUGUGAAUUAUUUAUUGAGCUGUAACAGUACUAUUCUCUGUAGGCUGGGGUGCUCUCAGAAAUGUGACACAAAUGGGACAAAAUGCACUGCUUUCCUGACCAUCAUAAAAGAGAUUUUAUUCCACCACAGUUCUUCAUAUAAUAAUCAAGCUUGUUCCAUCUUACCUCAGUUGAGCAGAUUUUAAACAGUUUCUGGUGCACAUCAAUUACUUAAAUGAGGCUUUCUGAUCCUGGCUUUCAAAAAUUACGUAAAUCUGCAUAAAUCACCUUACAAUUAUGCUCAUUAUUGGGGGAAAUUUCUCUGCACCAAGGAUUUAUCUAAAUAUAAAUGAAAUACAUAUGAGUUAUUAACACAAAUGCAAGUUGUAGCCCUUUACACCUACCUUUAGCGCCCAUCAUAUAGAUUCUAGUGCAUAGAUAACAACAGUAUAGUUUUGAUAACGAUCAACAUUUUCAAAUGAUUAAAACAUUGUAGCACUUGUUUUUACUGAAACGAUAUCAUGGCAAUAUUGGUAUCACAGUUUUAUUGUUCAACUGUGAGUUGUGUAAAAGCAAAGUGAUAAUUUUACGAGAAAACCUCCAGAAGCACCUCGUUUGUGAUUCUCUGUCUUCUUGUAAAUCAACAUGUAUCACCGUAACACACAAAAAUAUGAGCACUGGAUUUUCAGGACACAACACAGUGUGUAAAGUCUUUCAUUCUCAAAAAAUCUCAUCUAAUAAAUGUCCUUAAUAUAUAUGAAAUGGCAGAAGUUUUGUGUUAUGUAAGUCAGCAGUUUUUAAAACAUGAAAAUUGCAUACCUUUUUGGUAGAGCCCAUGGACGUUUGGUGGCCAUGUAAUUGUAAAUAUACUUUUUUGUAUAUUCAUUUUUUUUUAAAUCUCAUUUUAAAUAUCUUCAGUAUUUAGUCAUUUAAUAAAGGACUUCAGUUA